CUUGGCCCGUCCCAGCCGGAGUGCCUGCGUCCCCUGGGUCUCCCCGCCCUCAGCUGGCGGCUGGCUCGGUGGAUCCUCCCCUGAUCCUUCCUCCCAGCUUCGUAGGACGUUUUCUGGUUCCUUGCCACAUGCUGCUCAAGGGAAGCCUUAUCUCCAUGCCCAUCACCCUCUGUGGGGCUUUACAGAAGUGGGAGCCAAGUGGCCUGCUUCCUCUGUCUGCUUCAGACCCUCCAUCAGAUUGCCCUGAUGUUCCCAGCUCACUCUGCCCCCAGGAAAGCCCUUUAGUGAGCAAGGAGAAGCAACAGGCAUGAAGAGUCUGAUUGCCAAAAGACCCCAGAAACAGAUGCAGCCAAAGAUGAAUUUGGGGAAAGUCCCUUAGCCAUGGAAAUCCAAGCCCUCCCGGAGGUGACGGCAGUGCCCAAGGACCCCCGCUCCUGCAUCAGGCUGCUCAAGGCGGACCGAGAACGGCUGGUCACCCACAUCCGCAAUGUCCAGUGUCUGAUUGACAACCUGCUUGUCAAUGAGUACUUCUCUGUGGAAGAUGCAGAGAUUGUGGGUGCCUGCCCCACUCUGCCGGACAAGGUCCGUAAGAUGCUGGACUUGGUUCAGAGCAAAGGGGAGGAAGUGUGCGAGUAUCUCAUCUCUGUGCUGCAGCAGAUCCCAGACGCAUUCAUCGAUCUGCAGCCAUGGCUGGAAGAGAUCCGCUUCUCGCCCUCAGAGCUUGUGAGGGGCAGAAUAAUUGUGAACACUGACCCUGUAAGCAGGUACACCCAGAAGCUGCGCUCAGAGUGGGGCCGGGAUUCCAAGUUCCUCACCUCCUACAGUCAGAAGGAGGAGAUGCUGCUGGCGGACACAUACACUGAGAACGUUAUGGAGCUGCUGGACUUUCGCAACGAGAGCCUGGGCACCGUGAGCAGCCUGGGCUCCCUACUGGACGACCCCGCGGGAGUCAUCAACCAGGAGGGAGAGACGGUCUUCAUCUUUGGCGAUGCGGGCGUGGGCAAGUCAGUGCUGCUGCAGAAGAUGCAGAGCCUGUGGGCGCGGGAGGAGCUGGGCUCGGAGGCCAAGUUCUUCUUCCCCUUCCGCUGCCGCACCUUCAGUUGCUUCCCCCCGAGCGCGGCCCUCAGCCUCCGGGACCUGCUCUUCACGCACAGCUGCUGCCCGGAGCUGGAUCCUGACGCCGUGUUCGCCUUCCUCUUGCGCUUCCCUCAGUCCGUCCUCUUUACCUUUGAUGGCUUUGACGAACUGCAUUCGGACUUUGACCUGAGCCAGGUGCCCGACGCCGCCUCCCCGCUGCAGCCCGCCCACCCCCUGGCCCUGCUGGCCAGCCUGCUCCGGGGCAAGCUGCUUCCGGGCGCGGGGAAGGUGCUGACCUCCCGCACCGGCGUCGAAGUCCCUCGUGCCCUCAUCCGGAAGAAGGUGCAACUGCGGGGCUUCUCCCCCAGCCACCUGCGGGCUUACACCUGUAAGUUCUUCCCGGACCGGGCUCUGCAGGUGCGAGUUCUUAACCAGCUGGACGCAAGCCCCCACCUGUGCACCCUGUGUUCGGUGCCCUUAUUCUGCUGGAUCAUCUUCAAGUGCUUCCAGCACUUCGACGCCACCCACGAGGGCGCCCAUCAUCUGCCCGACCAAACGCUGACUCUCACAGACAUCUUCCUGCUCAUGGCGGAGGCCCACCUGAACCGAGCCCUGCCCACCAGCCUCCUGCAGCGGAACAUGCGGAGCCAGGUGGAGACCUUCCGCUCGGGCCGGGAGACUCUGUGUGCCCUGGGCCGGCUUGCCUACUGGGGCAUGUUGAAGAGUCUCUUUGUCUUCAGCCAGGAGGAGGUGGAGGCCUCCGACGUGCAGGAGGGGGACCUCCAGCUGGGCUUUGUCCGGGCGGUGCCGGAGCCCGGGCCCGUGGGAGACCAGCCGGCCUAUGAGUUCUUCCACAUCACUCUCCAGUCCUUUUUCACGGCCCUCUUCCUCAUCGCUGACGACAAGGUGAACACGAGGGAGCUCUUGAAGUUCUUUGGUGAGUGGACGCCCAGGGGGCAAAGCGCAGCCUCCAUCCCGCUCCCCUUGCUCAGGUUGAGCUGCCUUGGGGGGAGCAACCUGGACAAGGAGGACCCCUUCCGAAACAAUGACCACUUCCAGUUCACCAACCUCUUCUUGUGCGGGCUGCUGUCCAAGGCCAAGCAGAGGCUCCUUCGGCACCUGGUGCCAGUAGUGGCCCUGCGCAAGAAGCGGAGGGCUCUCUGGAGGCACCUGUUUGCCAGCCUGCGCUCUUACCUGAAGAGUCUGCCCCGCACUCACACGGGGGAGUUCAACCAAGUGCAGGCCAUGCCCACCUUCAUCUGGAUGCUGCGUUGCAUUUACGAGACCCAGAGCCAGAAGGUGGGCCAGCUGGCCGCCAGAGGCAUCUGCGCCAACUACAUCAAGCUCACCUACUGCAACGCCUGCUCUGCUGACUGCAGCGCGCUCUCCUUCGUCCUGAACCACUUCCCCAAGCAGCUGGCGCUCGACUUGGACAACAACAACGUCAAUGACUACGGGGUGAAGGAGCUGCGCCCCUGCUUCAGCCGCCUCACGGUCCUCAGACUCAGUGUGAAUCAGAUCACCGACUCUGGUGUCAAGGUGCUGUAUGAGGAGCUAACGAAAUACAAAAUUUUGACAUUUUUGGGGUUAUACAGUAACCAAAUUACCAACAUUGGAGCCAAAUACGUUGCUAAGAUCCUCGAGGAGUGCACGAAUCUCACGCACUUGAAACUGGGAGCAAACUAUAUAACAAGUGAAGGAGGAAAAUGUCUGGCCUUGGCCAUUAAGAAGAGCAAGUCAAUCCUGGACAUUGGAAUGUGGGGCAAUAAGAUAGGAGAUGAAGGGGCCAAGGCCUUCGCAGAUGCCCUGAGGAAUCACCCCAGCUUAUCCAACUUGAGUCUUGCCUUCAAUGGCAUUUCCACGGAAGGAGGCAAAAGCCUUGCUCAAGCACUCCAGCAAAACAGCUCGGUGAAGAUAGUUUGGUUGACCAAAAACAACCUCGAUGACGAAGUAGCGGAGAGCUUGGCGGAGAUGCUGGAAGUCAAUCAGACGCUGAGAGAUUUGUGGCUCAUUCAGAACCAGAUCACGGCCAAGGGGAUCUCACGCCUGGCGGAUGCUCUCCAGAAGAACUCAACCAUCCUGGAUAUUUGCUUGAAUGGGAACCCCAUCAAGCCCGAAGAGGCCAAAGUUUUUCAGGACGAGAAGCGGUUCCAUUUUUGAGGAGCUGUGUCUCCAUCAGCAUUGCCCCAUGGCAGUCAGUGCCACCAGUGCCACCCAGAAAGAACUGUGCCACGGGAAUCAGUGAUGCAGCAUCGCCCACGUGGGACAGUAGCGCUGGGCCAGCUGUCAGGGUGGAGCCCGCUGUCAAGACUGCAGGAAGAUGGUGGCCCGCAGGCACCAGGCAGACAGUGCUGCCUAAAGUGACACAUUUUGCUUUUCCCCAAAAUGACAGGGGAAACUGACUAGCAUUUUAUUGCAGCGGAAGAAUCCAUUUAUUGGACUUUUUUUGGAGUUGUGUAUAUGCCACCAGAGGCUCUUGUAUAUAGCCAGGAUUUUUUGUACAUAUCCAUUAAUGGUGCUGUGCACACGGUAAGCCCUUCCUCAACAACGAGUGAAUAAAAGAAUUAAUUUUUCUGUGUAACAGAAGGAAGACAAGUUACCAGCAGAGCUGGCCAAGCUUGAUUCACAUGAGUGCCUGAGCCUCCCCUGAGCCCUGAAGGCCACCGGGUGGUGCGGUAGAUGGAGUGCUGGACUUGGAGACAGGAAGACCUGAAUUCAAAUCCUGCCUCAGAUAUUGGCUGAAUGAAACUUGGCAAGCCUCUUAACCUCUCUGGGCCUCCGUUUCCUCAUCUGUAAAAUGAGAAUAAUGAUAGAACCUACCUCACAGGGUUGU